GGUGGGCCUGCACAUGGCUGGGGUGGUGACGAAAUCGGUCCGUGCUUUGAUUGGCUGCGCGGUGUUCCGCGCGCGCUGAUAGGCCGAAGCGGAUACUUUGUCGUGUUUGCUCGCGCGCGGCGGACCGUUUGGAGGAGGCUGUUCGGGACCAGCCCCGCGCGUGGGGCCGCUGAAUCGCUGGCGACGUGCCCCUGCUCGCGGGCAGCCAGGAGAUGCCGGCACCGCCCUCCUGGGAGUUCCACCUGCCCCUGUCCCCGGGCGAUCUGCUCCGGAGCGGGGGCCCCGCGCAGUACGUGGUGCAGGAGGUCCUGCCCAUAGCCCAGGUUGCUGCGCAGCUGGCGGAAUUCCGGGGAGCAUUCCGGGUGCAGGGGCCUCUGGCCAUUCUGCAGCACUUCGACACCCUCUACAGUCUGCUCCAUCACUUCCGAUCUGUAAAUGCUGCAGUCAAGGAGGAUGCCCUGGAGCUCAUGACAAAAGUGGUAUCCCGUUACUCCAGUGACCUCUCCUCCAUCUUGGAUGAUCUUGAUCUGAGCCCUUCGGAACGCACCACUCACCUCAAUGCUCUUAAAAUGAACUGCUAUGUGCUGACUCACCUAGUAGAGGCCUUCGAGAUAGACUGCAAGAGUGGCUUGGCAGGGCUGGAUCCCAGUGGAAAGAACAAGAAGAAUCAUGCCACAGGCUCAGGCUUCUGCUGGGAAGAUGAGAGGCAGCCACUUAUACAGCUGCUGACACAACUGCUGCAACUGGAUCUCCGUCGACUGUGGUGUGGUUUGGUGGUGGAGGAGGAAUUCAUCAGCUUAGUGACUAGCAACUGUUACCGCAUUCUGGAGAAGCCCAGCAUCAGCCACCAAAAGCAUCGGGCCACACGGGAGGCAGUAAUGCAUUUGCUUGCUGUGGCUCUGACUCACUAUGACCACAUGCUCAGUGCAACUCUGAAGAUCACACAGAUGUUGCAGCACUUUGAACAUGUAGCCCCAGUAUUUGCAGGGGCUGUCAGCCUGUGGGCCACAGAGUAUGGCAUGAAGAGCAUGGUGGGAGAGCUGUUGAGGGAGAUUGGACAAAAGUGUCCCCAGGAUCUGGCUCGGGAUGCUUCCGGAGUGAAGGGCUAUGCUACCUUUCUCUCAGAACUAGCUGAACAAAUCCCAGCAAUAGUGCUGUCAAACAUGAGUGUCCUACUGCAUCACUUGGAUGGAGAGAGCUAUGUAAUGAGAAAUGCCAUCCUGACAGCCAUGGCAGAGAUGUUGCUGAAGGUGCUGAGUGGGGAUCAGCUAGAGGAAGCUGCAAGGGGUACACGGGACCAGUUUCUGGAUACGCUGCAGGCCCAUUUGUGUGAUGUCAACGGGUUUGUGCGCAGCCGUGUGCUGCAACUCUUCACCCGGAUUGUCCAGCAGAAGGCCUUGCCCUUGGCUCGGUUCCAGGCAGUGGUGUCUCUGGCUGUGGGCCGCCUCCAAGACAAAUCAGUACUUGUGGUUAAGAAUGCCAUCCAACUUCUGGCUGCAUUUCUGUCAAACAACCCCUUCUCCUGCAAGCUAAGCUGCACUGACCUGGCUGAGCCACUCAAGAAAGAGAUGCAGAAACUGCAAGAAAUGAGGGACGAACGUACAACAGCAGCUGCUGCACUAAUUACCCCAGAGGAGGAGUGGGAGGCCAUGCUGCCAGAGCUCAGGGCCACCAUACAUCAGCUCCUUCACGCGUUGCAAGGAGACGAGGAGGAAGAGGAGACGGCACUAGAGGUUGAGGAGACUGCACUGAGUACAGCUGAGCGCAUCAUCCAGUUGCUGAGGAAGCUAAACUACAAGGAUGCUAUCCGCCUAACACAGAGGGCCAUGUGCCACUUUGAUGGGGAGGAGCCCUUCACCAGCAGUUCAGUGUUGGAGAAUGACAAGGAAGCCAUGACCCUGGCCAUUCUGAGGACACUGUACACAGAUUUCCACCUGGAAAACGAUAUCCAACAGCUUUCGCAUAGCAAUGGAGAAGACCCUGUAAUAGAAGAGCAGCCACCCCCCGAGCUGGUCAAGCAGGAGAUGCUUGUGCAAUAUCUGCAAGAUGCACACAACUUCUCUAUGAAGAUCACUGAAGCCUUGAGCAUGGUCAGCAGGAUGAUGUAUGAAAGCUCUGUCUCUGUGGUGCAGGAGGCCAUUGAGUUCUUUGUGACAGUCUCGCAGUUCGGUGUUCCCCAGGCACUGCUUGGAGUUCGAAGGAUGCUUCCUCUUGUCUGGUCUAAGGAGCCAGGUAUCAGAGAAACUGUGCUAAGUGCCUACAGGAGGCUCUACUUAAGCCCCAGCGGGGACUCCGAAAGGGCCAGGGCCCAAAGCCUGGUGCAGUCUUUUUCCCUUCUCAUGGUAGAUGCAUCUCUAGGGACCAUUCAGUGCUUGGAGGAAAUAAUCUCCGAGUUUGUGCAGAAAGAUGAAAUAAAGCCAUCUGUGGUCCACCUGCUCUGGGAGCAGUUCACAGAGAAAGCGCAGCGGUCGUCACUGGAGCGCUGUGCUGCUGUCAUGCUGCUGGGGAUGAUGGCACGGGGAAAGCCAGAGAUUGUGGGUAGUAACCUGGAUGUUCUGGUGAAGACUGGGCUAGAUGAGAAGGUAAUUGAAGACUAUCGCCUCGCCCAAGAAGUGUGCAAUGCCAUCUCCAAGCUUGCCAAUAGCAACAAGCCAGCUGAGGGAAAGAACCUUGCUCCCUUUCGACUGCCACAGACGCACCUGCUGUUUGGAUGUCUGAGUGAGGCUGUGACCAAAGGCUUUGCCCAGCCAAGCACACUCUGGAUCCCCUUCACAGAGACAGCAGUGACCCUCACUUACCAGUUGGCAGAAGGGCCUGAGGAGAUAUGUGCCCAAAUCCUGCGGUGUUGUAUCCAGCAGGCUCUGGAGAAGCUUCAGGAGCCACCAGGGGUGGCAACAGAAGCAGGGACUUCUCCGAGCAGUGUCCUUGGCAGUACCAAAAUGCUCCCUUUCUUCCUGCUGCUACCCAAAGUGCUCCCGACCUGCCUGCUAACUCACCUGAGUUCCCUUAUGGGAAAUGUGGCCUUACAGCAGGUUGUGCAUCUGGAGCGGGCAGUGAGUGCAGAGCUCCGUAGGCGCCGUGUUCUUGGGGAGGAACAGGAGGCCAAGAAGCAUGUUGGCAACAGCAUCAAGGAGCAGAAUGCCAAGAACAUUGAGAAUGAGACUACUAUGGAGGAGGAUCUGGGCCUAGUUGGUGCCUCUGCUGAUGACACUGAGGCAGAACUCAUUCGCAGUAUCUGUGAGACAGAGCUGCUGGCUGGGAAACAGUUGCUCUCUGCCUUUGUUCCGCUGGUGCUGAAGAUCUGCAAUAAUCCAGGGAUCUACAAUGAUCCAGCACUCUCAGCUGCUGCAGCACUGGCCCUUGGUAAACUCUGCAUGAUCAGUGCCCAGUUCUGUGAGUCUCACUUGCGCCUCCUGUUCACCAUGAUGGAGAAAUCCACCCUCUCAGGUGUGAGAUCAAACCUCAUGAUUGCAGCAGGAGACCUAGCUAUCCGCUUCCCCAAUCUGGUAGAGCCUUGGACCCCCCAUCUGUAUGCCAGGCUGCGGGACCCCUGUCAAGGUGUCAGGCAGACAGCUGGGCUGGUGAUGACGCACCUGAUUCUCAAAGACAUGGUGAAAGUCAAGGGGCAAGUGAGCGAGAUGGCAGCUCUGCUCAUUGACCCUGAAGAGGAAAUUGUGGGUCUUGCUCGGAAUUUUUUCAGCGAACUUUCCAGUAAGGGUAAUGCCAUCUACAACUUGCUUCCGGAUAUUAUCAGCCGCCUCUCAGACCCAGACUGUGGUGUAGAAGAAGAAGCCUUCCGUACCAUUAUGAGACAGCUUUUCUCAUAUAUCACAAAGGAGAAGCAGACAGAGAGUCUGGUGGAGAAACUGUGCCAGCGAUUCCGGACUGCCAGAACAGAGCGUCAGUAUCGAGACCUUUCUCACUGUCUCACUUUGCUUCCUCUCUCUGAACGAGGCCUCCGCAAGAUGCAAGAUAAUUUUGAUUGUUUUGCUGACAAGCUUCACGACCUGGCUGUCUAUAACAGUUUCAUAGCUGCGCUGAACAGACUCCGCAGGUCGGUCACCAAACUGGAGACCAAGGCUCUGAUAGAAGAGAUGGAGCAGAAACUCCGUGCCUGCCACACCCGUGGUAUGGAUUCCACAGAGGUUCCCAGGGAGAUUCUCUGCCAGGAGGAAGGCAAGACCCCCCUACCGGGAAAGAAGAGUCAAGUAGCUGGCUCCUGUCGCCGCCGGCGCCGCCGCCCCAUGAGCAUAGCCAACAACGAUGCAGACUCUUCCUUUGUCACACCCGAGCCUCGUGUGCCCAGGCGUUGCCGGGGUACUGCGCCGCGCCGUGCAGCUAAGAAACCUACUGUCACCUUCUCUAGCGAUGAGGAGAACAGUCCUGAGGCCGGACUCUAUGCUGAAUUGACAGAUGAUGAAACACCAAGCAAGGUGACUCCCAUUGCCCGAGCUUCUGCCUGUCGUGAUCUGUGACAUGAUAUUUCAAUGUGUCUUAGCAAAUAAAACCAGUUUUAUUUUC